AUGCAGGAACCUGAGUCGCCCCCGGGCUCUCCACCUUCCCCAGCCCAUGGGAGUAAGAGGCGGAAGCGCACGGUGUACAGCAUAGAACAGCGGCUGCAGCUGGAGGAAUUCUACAAGAAGAAACGCUACGGGACCUACGAGGAACGCGAGACCCUGGCGAAGCAGGUGAAGGUGCAGGAGGAACAAGUACAGGUGUGGCUCAAGAACCGCAGGGCCAAAGACCGCAGGCUGCAGCGACUGAGCGGGCAGCAAGGCCAGGGAGCCCACGCUGCGCCCCAGGAACCGGGAGCCCCCGCCCCUCAGCCCGCGCCCGCGCCUGGUGCCCAAAGCGUGGUCCUCGCAGCAGCUGCUCCAGCUCCAGCCAAGGACACAGUUGGGCCUCAGGGCCCCUAUACCUUCAAUUUCUUUCCCGACCCUGUUGUGACCCCUGGAUACACAGAGCUGCUCUCACCCAAAAGUCCUUUUGAGGCCCAGUUUUCCUUCUGCACGCCUUGGGAUGAGAGCGAAGAGGACUUCUACAAGUUACUGGAUCUCUAA